AUGGGUGUUGAACAAAUCUUAAAGAGAAAGACCGGUGUCAUCGUUGGUGAAGAUGUCCACAACUUAUUCACUUACGCUAAGGAACACAAGUUCGCUAUUCCAGCUAUUAACGUCACCUCUUCUUCUACUGCCGUCGCUGCUUUAGAAGCUGCUAGAGACAGCAAGUCCCCAAUCAUUUUGCAAACCUCUAACGGUGGUGCUGCUUACUUCGCUGGUAAGGGUAUCUCUAACGAAGGUCAAAAUGCUUCCAUCAAGGGUGCUAUUGCCGCUGCCCACUACAUCAGAUCCAUUGCUCCAGCUUACGGUAUCCCAGUUGUCUUACACUCUGACCACUGUGCCAAGAAGUUGUUGCCAUGGUUCGAUGGUAUGUUGGAAGCUGAUGAAGCUUACUUCAAGGAACACGGUGAACCAUUAUUCUCCUCCCACAUGUUGGAUUUGUCUGAAGAAACCGAUGAAGAAAACAUCUCUACUUGUGUCAAGUACUUCAAGAGAAUGGCCGCUAUGGACCAAUGGUUAGAAAUGGAAAUCGGUAUUACCGGUGGUGAAGAAGAUGGUGUUAACAACGAAAACGCUGACAAGGAAGACUUGUACACCAAGCCAGAACAAGUUUACAACGUCUACAAGGCUUUGCACCCAAUCUCUCCAAACUUCUCCAUUGCUGCUGCUUUCGGUAACUGUCACGGUUUGUACGCUGGUGACAUCGCUUUGAGACCAGAAAUCUUGGCUGAACACCAAAAGUACACCAGAGAACAAGUUGGUUGCAAGGAAGAAAAGCCAUUGUUCUUGGUCUUCCACGGUGGUUCCGGUUCUACUGUCCAAGAAUUCCACACUGGUAUUGACAACGGUGUUGUCAAGGUCAACUUGGACACUGACUGUCAAUACGCUUACUUGACUGGUAUCAGAGACUACGUCUUGAACAAGAAGGACUACAUAAUGUCCCCAGUCGGUAACCCAGAAGGUCCAGAAAAGCCAAACAAGAAGUUCUUCGACCCAAGAGUCUGGGUUAGAGAAGGUGAAAAGACCAUGGGUGCUAAGAUCACCAAGUCUUUGGAAACUUUCCGUACCACUAACACUUUAUAA